AUGGACGAAAAAUUAACUCUUACACACACUCAAUAUGUUCCUAAAUUUCCCAAGUUAUCAGGAAAAUUAUCUGAGACUUACCUUAACUUAAUAGAAACAUACUUUGAAGGACAUAUUGAGUCAGACUCAUCUAAAAUUAGGACACUACUAUGCAGCUUACCAAUUGAGAUUGUAGACCAAGUUACGUCGAUAUGUUCUAAAGCACAGUUAAAAGACUUUAAUAUUGUUUUUGGUGCCGAGGAGUCCUUCCAUACUUUUUAUUUUAGAAUUUCAAAACUUCAUAAAAAAUGCGAUUUUGAUAACGAUACAAGAAUGAUUGAGAAAUUAAUAACUUGUUCUUUAAAUGAUAAUAUUAGAAGGAAGUUAAAUAAACAUAAGCACGAAGGUUUAGAUAAGAUGAUGAAAUUAGGAGUGGAGUUAGAUGGCAGCAAUAUUAAACCAGACGUUAGCGAUACAAAUUAUGUAGAUAAUGAUAAAAAAUUGGAUAAAAAUAAAAAGUUUUACAAUUUAAACAUGGAUAAAAUACCAUGCAAAAGUACUUUUAGUAAUAAUGAGAAUAAUUCUAAUGAUUAUGAACGUAAUAAUUUUAAAGAAAAUAAUUUUAAUUAUAAUGGACGUAACAUUCAUAAGGAAAAUUUUGAUUUUAAGAAGAGGAAUUAUAAUGAUUUUAGGCCUAAUUAUAGUGCUAGCCGAAACUAUCAAAACAAUAUUUUUCGAGACAGUGAGGGUAACUCUAGAAAUUUUCGUAAUAACCAAUCUUCGAAUAACAAUUCAAACUAUUACGGAAGAAACUCCAUAAACAAUGCCUGGCAAUACAAUAACAAUUCAAACAAUUAUGGUAGAGGUACUUGGCAAAACAAUAAUUAUAAUGGGAGAAACAAUUCCUGGUCUUACAACAAUCAAAGAAAUCAGAGUCAAUAUAAUAAUCGAUAUGGUUAUCAAUAUCAAUCCUAUAAUAACAACAAUAAUGGAGAAAAUAAUGCGUGGAAAAAUUAUAAUCAAAAUAUUAAUCAAAGAAAACCAUUACAAUAUAAUGACGUGAUCAAAGUAACAUCAAUUGUAACAUGA